GGAUAAAAAGGCGACCCUUUUCGUGUUCGCACUUGUCGCUAGGGUUUCCGCCGCUGCCAUCGACCAGAAGACCGGCGGGCUAAGAUGCCGUCGCACAAGACGUUCCGGAUCAAGAAGAAGUUGGCGAAGAAGAUGCGCCAGAACCGCCCCAUCCCCCACUGGAUCCGUAUGCGGACCGAUAACACUAUCAGGUACAACGCCAAGCGCAGGCACUGGCGUCGCACUAAGCUAGGGUUUUGAAGACGCCUUGGGUGUCCUUACUUGCCUUUUCUAGACAUUAGGGUUCUUUCUUAUCUACUUUGGCUGGAAAGACGUGUCCUUGUCAUGAUCCAUGAUCUGAUUCCGCUCUGCUGAGCUAGAUUUGGAUGGUUGUUUUCUCAAUUGCUCAACUUUAUCUAUUGGCAUGAUGUUAUUUCAAUGAAGUUCAUUUUUCGAGGGUAAA